AUGACGGAUAAUCAGCGCCUGAAGGACGAAAUCAUCCGGCUGCAAGCAGAGCUCCAGGCAGCACAAGCAUCUACUUCACAAGCGCCGCCAGUCAGCGCGAUUAAUCGAGUUGGAAUCAAAAUCGGCCCUUUCUGGAAACGCGAUCCAGCUCUUUGGUUCGCCCAAGUGGAAGCUCAGUUCACUUUAGCUGGCAUCAUCCAAGAAGACACCCGGUAUUUCCAUGUUCUAUCAGCAAUUGAUUCGGAGAUACUUGCGUGCUGCUCGGAUAUAAUCCGGGAUCCGCCGGCAGUUGAUAAAUACACCACCGUCAAGGAAAGGAUCCUUAAGGAGUACAGCGUCAGCGAGCAAAACCGAAUACAGCAGCUCCUAAGAGGAUGUGAAUUAGGCGACCGCAAGCCAUCUCAGCUACUACGGGAAAUGCGAGAUCUAGCCAGAAACUUCAUUACGGACGAAAAAAUUCUGAAGUCCCUAUGGCUACAACAGCUUCCGGAAACAACACAAGCUGUGCUCAAAAUUUCCGAGGAAACUCUGCAGCUGUCACAACUAGCUGAACAGGCGGAUAAGCUUGCAGACAUCGCGAAAACUCGUUAUACAUCUUCUGCAGCUAUCGACGAAAAUGGCAAAUCAUCUGCGGCGGUGGAGGAGAUCUACCGUAAACUGAAACACGAAGCUGGAGCGAUUGGGUUGAUCAUUAAUGAGAUGAAGUAUAUGCUGUCCGAGCCCGCUUGGCAGUAA